AUGUCUCGAAGAUAUGAUAGUCGUACAACAAUCUUCUCUCCUGAAGGACGCCUUUACCAAGUGGAGUAUGCAAUGGAGGCCAUUGGAAAUGCUGGUACUGCCAUUGGAAUCUUGUCAAAAGAUGGGGUUGUUCUGGUUGGCGAAAAGAAGGUGACAUCCAAGCUUCUGCAAACCUCAACAUCAACUGAGAAAAUGUACAAGAUUGAUGACCAUGUUGCAUGUGCUGUUGCUGGGAUUAUGUCUGAUGCCAACAUCCUAAUCAAUACUGCUAGGAUCCAAGCACAACGUUACUCAUUUGCUUACCAAGAGCCAAUGCCUGUUGAGCAGUUGGUUCAAUCUCUUUGUGAUACCAAACAAGGUUACACUCAAUUUGGUGGCCUCCGUCCGUUUGGAGUCUCUUUCCUGUUUGCAGGAUGGGACAAAAACUUCGGCUUUCAACUUUACAUGAGUGAUCCUAGUGGAAAUUAUGGCGGUUGGAAAGCCGGGGCUAUUGGUGCCAACAACCAAGCAGCACAAUCAAUUCUAAAACAGGACUACAAGGAUGACAUCACAAGGGAAGAAGCAGUUCAACUUGCACUGAAAGUACUGAGCAAAACAAUGGACACCACUAGUCUUACCUCAGAUAAGCUUGAACUUGCUGAGGUUUUUCUUGCACCCUCCGGAAAAGUGAAGUAUCAAGUUUGCUCCCCAGAGAACUUGACUAAACUGUUGGUGAAAUCUGGGGUGACCCAACCGGCAACAGAAACUGCUUAA